CCGCUGAAUCCGCUGAAUCCUCUUGAUCAUCAUCAUCACCACCUCCACCUCCACCUCCACUUCUACAUGAACGAGUGACUAGUCCAUUGAGUGCCUUACAGACUCUCACAUACACACACACACACACACACACACGCACUCACCCUCAGCGACUCUCUCUUUCUACGUGAAGAAUCGCGUAUCAUCCAUCCCUCCAUCCCUCCAUCCCUCUCCCACAUCAGCCGCCUCAUCGUGAACGUGCUCGUAGUGGUGGUCGUCCUCGAUUUGAAUAUCGGGAUCAAUGUGCUAAUUCCUGGUGCCCGCCCGCCCAAAGGGGUUGAUCCGGCUAAGCUGCCCAUGCUCUGCUGGAGGCCCAUCCCGCUAUGGCCUCCACCUCGGGCUCCGGCCCACUGAUUUUCGCUCCCCCGCCUUCCCCUCCCCCCACGCCCCUCACGCCCGAGGCCUCGCUCUCCACGCAGGAGCGGCUCCGAUUGGCCAAGAAGCGGCGGGCCGCCCAACUCAAGCGAUGGCAUCAACGGGAACGAGGCGGCGGGCAGCCUUUGGGCGAAAACCUGCAUUCCGAGCGUCCGGAUUUGCUGGAACACACCUUGCCCCAUCAUGAAUUGGGCAAGGGGGUCAUCUUUGUACCCAGUGUCAUGCUCCUGGAGGCGGCUUCCCGCAACGACGUGGAAGAAGUCAGACGCCUCUUGGAGAUGGGUGUGAGUCCGGAUAGCACCAACGAAGAUGGCUUGACCGCCUUGCACCAGUGCUGCAUUGAUGACAGUGAGGAGAUGAUGAAGGUGCUCUUAGAUUAUGGCGGCAAUCCCAAUGCCACGGACACGGAGAAAUGGACCCCUUUACACGCGGCCGCCACUUGCGGCCAUCUCCACCUCGUCAAGUUCCUGAUCGACCAUGGGGCCGACCUACUGGCCGUGAACGCGGAUGGCAACAUGCCCUACGAUCUGUGUGAAGAUGAAACCACUCUGAGUUACAUUGAAAACGAAAUGGCCAAACGGGGCGUCACGCAAGAACUCAUCGACGAGACCCGGGGCGAGAUUGAGCGGCGGAUGCUUCGGGAUCUCGAAAUGGCCGGUGAAGAUUGGCUCGAGGCUCGGGAUGCCCUCGGGGCCACACCGUUGCACGUGGCUGCGGCCAAUGGGUACUUACAAGUGGUCGAAUAUCUUUUGGACCAUCAUGUAUCAACAGAAGUAGUGGAUUUAGACCAAUGGCAGCCCAUCCACGCUGCAGCUUGCUGGGGUCACUUGGAAGUGGUGGAGCUAUUGGCUCAAAACGGGGCCAAUAUCAUGGCCAAAUCCAAGAGUGGCGAGACCCCGUUUGAUAUUUGUGAAGAUCCCGAUAUCAAGGACCGACUCGUUCAGCUGAAGGAACAGAGAGUAAGACAAGAGCAACCCAAGGUUCGGCGCACGCGAUCAGCUUCCACCCGCACCCAAUCGAUCCGUCGAACGUCGUUGCGAGAAAAAAUGAACACUACCAAACGAGACGUGCAAGAUGAGAAGUUCUUCCUCAUGAAAACUUUAGAUGUCAUCCCCAAGAAAGACGGCUCCAAGGCCAAAGAAUCCAAUGCACCGCUUGAUGUCAAGGACGUAGAACUAACCAUUCGAUCCGGGUACUCGCCCACUGAAGAAAUCCCUACCCGACCUCCCCGACCCACCCGAGAUGGGUCCUCGUCCUCGCCCAUGCCACCUUCCCCGUCUCGAGGGAAUCGCAAUAGUCAAAGCUCAUCGUCCAAAGUUCCGUCCUAUUCCCAACGAGGCAUGGCUUUGUCCGACACCACAAAUACGAUCCAUGUCUCGGGCCUGAUGAUGAGCAAUAGUCCGUCGAAAAUGAUGCCGCCCUCAGAUUCCCACUCCCCCUCGAUCUCUAGCUAUAACUUGGGGACGCCGUCCUCUUCCGGCCAAUCUCAACCCGCCCACCAGACUUUGGCGGAAUUGAAAAAGGCCCGAUCUCAGACCCGCAUCACCUCCCCGACCUCGGCACCCUCAGCCUCGGGCCCCCCGUCAGCCACAGCGAUUAAUCAAUCACUCUCUUCAGGUCCCUCUGGUCGCCCCGUCCUCCCGGAGAAGCCAGCUUCCAAACAUACCAGCAGCAAUCAGAACCCGCCCAGAUCGCCACAACGAUCAGCCAAGGACUCAGCUCAUCAUCGGAACAGCCAAAAGAACGCUCGCCAACGCUCCGUUCAGGGUGGACAAGAAGGUGUUUCCAAAUACUCGUCCGACGAUCCAGGUGAGGUGGUAGGUGCCCCCUCGAAAAAACACGGCUGCUGCACACUCUUGUGACAUGCCCUAUCGCAUUUAUCCACUCCCAAUAAUACUUGAGGGCCUUUUUCCGUCGGUCCCUCCCUCCCCCCCAUUUGAGAGGCCUGGAAUAUGAACGAUUUCCUGGCGCACAACGAAGCAAUGAAGUUGAAUAAUGGAGAGAUGCUAGCCACCUUUCACAUUCCCCUGAGCAUCCCCCUUCCGGCUCCCUCCCUUCCUUCCUUCCUUCCUUCUAACCACGCCAUCUGUGAUGUAAUCCUAUACAAUUAUCAGCCAAAACAUGGAAAGUAGAUGGAACCCAUAGUUUAUCCCCCAUUGAAUAGUUUGAUUUGUCAAGAUUUGAAGUAAGCUUACAUUCCACAAAAUACGGAAACACUUUGGAGUAGAUUGGUCGUUGAACAAGCCCAUGUACUACCGUAAUUAAAGCCUGCCAGACGCCCUUUUCAUUGUCUAUUACUCCUGUAUUACAACAAAAGUUGAUUGCCUCGUACUGAUUAUGAGCACAACCAUUCCUUGCAUUUGAAAUAACCAUGUUUCUACGAACAAAUUUGGUCUUCGAUAUCUGUGAUGUUUUAAAUUUUUGGCCGACGAUUGUAUCAAAACAUAGCUGCGGCUAUGAUAUUUUCUACCAUGAAUAAUGAGAACAUUAAUCAAUGAUAAUAAUAACAAUCCCAGUAUGAAA